AUGGACCCUGAAGUGAACCCUGAAGAUGAUGACAUUACUCCUUUUACCUAUCACUUUCCAUGCGCCGACAUCCAUGAAAUGCUGUCAGCUGAUUUACUCCAUCAACUGAUCAAGGGUACAUUUAAGGACCAUCUGGUCCAAUGGGUUGGGGAUUACCUCUACCUCGAACAUGGUGAAGCAUGGGCCAACGAGAUUCUGGAUGAUAUUGACCGCCAUAUUGCAGCGCCAAUGUUUCUGGGACUUCACUGCUUUCCACAUGGUUGCUGUUUCAAGCAGUGGACAGGGGAUGACUUGAAGGCUCUCAUGAAGGUUUACCUUCCAGCCAUCUCAGGUUAUGUACCCUCUCAGAUGGUGUGCUCCAAACCGCCAUCCAGAAGGAGGUCUUUACACUCCCUGCUAUUUUCCAUGUGGAUUCCAACCUCAUUCCAUGGACUCCAUAUAGUCAAAUUUUUGGCUGGGAAGCCAGCUAUUUUUUUAUUCCAUAUCCACUAUGGAGUCCAUUUGGAUUGCAUAUGGAAUGGACCAUUCCAUAGACAUUCCAUGUAG